GGUUGUCACUGUCUUCUGUUUUCGCAUGCAUACACAUUCUUCCGUUCGAUACAACGAAGCGCAGACUAAAAUUUGCCGGUCUUAAGAUGGGCUUGACGGAGUUUAAAAUACAUUUUGACAAUCCUUACGCUACUUAUUGUCCUGAUCAAACGGUCACUGGCAACGUAAUUCUUACUAUCGAUUCGACUAAGAAAAUAAAAGCUAUUCAAUUACGGGUCAAAGGAGAAGCUGAUACUUAUUGGUCAACUGAUAGGCAAGAACUAAAUAAUGAUGGUCGGUACAGGACUGAAACAGAUGUUGUUACUGCCCACGAGGAAUAUUUCAAGGCACAAUUUUAUAUUCUUGGCUCUUCAUCUGGAGAACAAAUAGAAUUACCUUCAGGAACACAUAGUUUUCCAUUUAACUAUGUUCUUCCACCAAAUUUACCAAGUAGUUUUGAGUCAGAUUUUGGACGCAUUCGAUACACAAUGAAAGCAAUUUUAGAUCGCCCAUGGAAAUUUGAUCAUGAAACUAAAGUGGCUUUUACAGUUAUCUCUCACUUAGAUUUAAAUCAACAACCAAAUGCAUCUGAACCUGUAUUACUAGAAAAGAACAAAACAUUUUGUUGUUUAUGUUGUGGAACACCACCAUUGUCUGUCAAUAUUUCACUACCUGUAAGAGGAUAUGUUCCUGGGCAAAUGAUACCAAUUAAAGUAAAUGUUGAAAAUCAAUCUGGAGUUACAGUAGAAACAUUAAAACUCGUUCUCGAAAAGAUUGUUACUUAUACUGCUACAACACCACAUUCGGAAAAAAAAGUCGUCGAAAACACAGUAGCAGAAGUUAGUAAGGGUCCAGUUGGUGGUAAUGAAACUACAAGCUAUGAGCAAACUGUCAAAGUGCCAUCUAUACCUCCUUCAAAUUUAAACAAUUGUGGAAUUAUAGAUCUUGAAUAUAAAUUAAAAAUAGAAGCUGUUGUUACAGGACUCUAUUACCGAAAUUUAAGGGAUAGUACCCCCAUUUAUAUUGGAACUAUACCUUUGUCUACCUAUCAAAUACCGCAGCCUUCAGAAAAAGCUAAAGAUAUAUAUCCAUUGCCUACAGCUCCUGAAGAAUCGCAUAAUUACUCUUCACCAACAUCAAAUCUUUAUCCUAAUCUUGCUCCACCAUCUUACGAAGAAUCUAUUUAUCGCGCUCGAAGUCUUCGAGAUCGCGAGGAAUCAGAUUAUGUUAUAGGAACUGGACAUAAUUUUGCACCCAGAUAUCCAGUUUAUAAUUUUAAACCUUCACAAUUAUAGUUAUUUUUUCCUUCCAACUAAUGAAUAAAAUUAUUGUGAUAUUAGAAUCAUCUUAUAAACUAUAACAAAGCUUUUUUAAUCAACGAAUUAAAUUCAAACUUUUAAUUUCU